AAACAUUUAAUGCUUUUAUUUUGAAAUCCCAGAAGUGAGUGUGCGCCGCUCUUUACGGCCCUGAAGCUAAGCUAGCUGGAGAAGAUGCCGUCAAUGGAAUACGACGACUCCAAGCCCAGCUGGGCGGACCAGGUGGAGGAGGAAGUAGAUGAAGGCACACUACCACCCCUGAAGGAAACCAUCAAAGGAAAUAUAAAAACUAUCACCGAAUAUAAAAUUGAUGAUGAUGGAAAGAAGUUCAAGAUCGUACGGACCAUCAAGAUCGAGACCAGAAAAGCCUCAAAAGCUGUUGCCAGGAGAAAGAACUGGAAGAAAUUUGGCAACUCUGAGUUUGAUGCAGCCGGUCCUAAUAUUGCCACCACCACAGUCAGUGAUGAUGUCUUCAUGACUUUCAUCUCCAGCAAGGAGGACUUGAACGCCCAAGACCAGGAUGAAGAUCCCAUGAACAAGCUGAAAGGACAGAAGAUUGUGUCUUGCCGUAUUUGCAAAGGCGACCAUUGGACCACCCGCUGUCCAUACAAGGACACCCUGGGCCCCAUGCAGAAGGAGCUGGCUGAACAGCUUGGUCUUUCCACCGGAGACAAGGACAAGCCCGCCGGCUCUGCAGAGCCAGAGCCUGCACAGCCGGCGCAGGGGAGCAAGACUGGGAAGUACGUUCCCCCGAGCCUGAGGGAUGGAAGCACGCGGAGAGGGGAGUCCAUGCAGCCCAACCGGAGAGGUGGAUCUGAUGACAACGCCACUAUUCGUGUGACCAAUCUGUCAGAGGACACCCGCGAGACCGACCUGCAGGAGCUCUUCAGACCAUUUGGCUCCAUCUCGAGGAUCUAUCUGGCCAAGGACAAGAAUACUGGACAGUCAAAGGGAUUUGCCUUCAUCAGUUUCCACCGUCGGGAGGAUGCAUCCCGAGCCAUCGCAGGAGUGUCAGGAUUUGGAUACGAUCAUCUUAUUCUCAAUGUUGAAUGGGCCAAACCGUCAAACAACUGAGGGAUCCAUCAGAACACAUUCGAGGAUGACGCCAGAUUUUAUUGUUGUGGUGAAACGUGGCUGUUCCCUAAAUAAAAAGAAUCACAUUGUCACAA